GCACGGAGGAUCCCAUGUGUCUGCACUGCAGCGAUGGCGAACGGGGUUGGCAGCAGCACACUGCAGAGUUGUCUACAGCUAUUAAACACCAACACAGCGCACCCCGAUCUAUUUCUCAGUGUCCAGGAUGCUCUAGCAGCAGACUUCACAUCACUCACCAAGACACUUUAUGAUCUGCAUAAGGCUCAUGAGCCUGCAGGCUGUAAAAGAAGCCCCCUUGAGCAGCUGGUCAUUGAGAACUUUGACGAGGAGCAAAUCUGGCAGGAGCUGGAGCUUCAGAAUAGUGCAUUACUGAAACAGUUUGAGGACAUAGUUGGGCAAGCUGUCACAGAUGACUCUAUAACUUUUCUUGAAGACACAGAGGAGGAGGAGGAGGAGGAGGAGGAUGCUGCUGCUGCUGAUGAUGAUAAUAAUAAUGGAGCUACUGAUAAUGAGGAUUUGGCUGAGGAGAGCGAGGAGGAUGACGAAGAGGAGGAAUUGGAACAAAGACCGAAAUCAUCUGGAGACAAUGAGGAAGAGGACUUUUCUGGCGAGGACUCUGAUUUGGACUUUAAUGUAGAUAAAUUUGAAAAACAAACCAAACAACAGAGACGGUCAACUGCCAAAUUAUCAAAAUCUAAUGUGACCGUUUCAGAAGUGGAUGACAGGUUUUUUAAGCUCUCAGAAAUGGAGGCUUUUCUGGAGGACAUGGAUAAAAGAGAGGGAAAGGAGAGUCUUGGGGAGGAAAUAGACUACUUUCAAGAUUUGCCAACAGAUGAUGAAGAGGAACUUAGCUUUGAUAAACCAGUGGCAUUGAAAAAACAGAAACAGAAGAGAAGCUCCAGAGAUAUGAAAUACAAAGAUUUCUUUGCUCCUGUGGAUGGAGAGCUUGAACAGACAGAUCCAGACACAGAUACUGAACUGGAAUCUAAUGAUGAUUUUGAGGGAGCAGAUGAUGAGGAGGAGGAUGAAGAUGAUAUGAAUGAGGAGGAUUUUGAUAAGGAUGAGGGUGACAUGGGUGAUGCUGAAAGCCAGAAAGCCAAAGACGCUUUACGGAAAGUGACCUUUGACCUCCCUGAUGACAGUGAAGGGGAGGACGUGGAAGACAUUUUGGGUGGAAAAGCUAAAAAUUGGCCUAAACAUGAGUCCAAGUCAGCAUUUGAAAAGCGACAGGAAAAGAUGUCACAGACGAUUGAUGAACUUGAGAAAGCUGCGUUGUCGGAGAAGCCAUGGCAGCUGACGGGAGAGGUGACUGCUCAGACUCGGCCAGAGAACAGCAUGCUGGAGGAGGAUGUGGCGUUUGACCAGGCCUCGAGGACUGCCCCUGCAAUCACAGAGGAAACUACAUUACAGCUUGAGGACAUAAUUAAACAGAGAAUCAAAGAUCAGGUGUGGGAUGAUGUGGUAAGGAAAGAAAAGCCUAAAGAGGAGGUGUUUGAGUAUAAGAAGAGACUCACACUGGACCAUGAGAAGAGCAAACUGAGUUUGGCAGAGGUUUAUGAGCAGGAAUAUAUUAAACAGAUACAGGACAAGAAGGAAGAGGAAGAGAAUCCAGCACAUGUAGAAAUCCAGAAACUCAUGGACACACUCUUCCUCAAACUGGAUGCACUUUCAAACUUCCACUUUACACCGAAACCACAUGUUCCUGAGGUGAAAGUGGUUUCCAACAUGCCUUCGAUUACUAUGGAGGAAGUAGCUCCAGUCAAUGCCAGUGACGCCACGCUUCUGGCUCCAGAGGAAAUUAAGGAGAAGAAUAAGGCAGGAGAUAUGCUUGGAGAAACAGAGAAAACGACCACAGAUAAGAAACGAGAGAGACGAAAGAAGAAGAAACUGAAGCAUCUGAAGAUUCAGGAACGAGAGAAGAGACAGAAACUCAAAGAGACAAUGAAAGCAGGAGAAAACAAGAAAAAGAGCAGAGCUGAAGUUGAACAGACUCUCAAGAAACUUACUAAAGGAGGAAAAGCGAAAAUACUCACGAAUGAUGGGAUGGAUAAGGUGCUCCGUUCCUCUCAGGCCUUCUUCUCCCAACUACAAGACCAAGUAAAAAGUCAAGUUAGGGGCUCAAAGGACCAGAUGGCAAAGAAGAAGAAACAAAAAGAGAUUUCUGUGAACAAGCUAAAGUUGUAAUGUUAAAAUCUGUCAAAUGGUGUAUGUACAGUUAUACUUUAUGGGAAAUUGAAUUAGUGGUAUACAUUGUCAUCUUUUCAAAUACAGGUUCCCCCCCCCUGUAUUGGUGUCUUGGAGUUUUUACAGCAUUUUGGACUCUGAAAUCUACUCGUGUUCAGUUAGUUAUAGCACAGUUUGGUCAGAAGAGGGCAUUACUAUUAAGUGUAGUGCUCAGCACUGUUUCCCUUUCUCACUAUGCUUACAGCUAGAGGUUAAUUGUCUUUUACUCAUCACUUCACUCCAAGUCAUCCAUAUGUAAUAUCCUGAAUGGAAGAACAUAAAUUGCAGGUCAUCAGUCAAA